GGUUUUGGAGCGACGACUCGCCCUUCAGGAUGAGUGAUUGGACCAAGCAGAGGCAGGGAAAUACCAGCGAGGGCGGAGCCUGCAUGGAAAUGGAACCAAAAAGUGGAAAGCUGCACAGCGCCCCCUGUGGAGAGCUCAGGUUCUACAUCUGCUCCACCACAGUCAGCUCCUCUUCUAAAAUCCUCCCCAGCGACAGGAAACCAGGAAUCAUUCGUGGUCUGAGUCUGUUUGAUGUUUUGUGGGGCAACAGCUACUUGUUGGCGGAGGAGAUUCUCCGCUCGUCCUCCUUCCUCAAUGAGCUCCAGUCCGGUCAGCUGACUCAGCGCUGCUACAACAACUUCAUCCAGCAGGAGGCGCUCUAUCUGCACAGUGUCAGCAGCACACUGGAGACCCUGAUGUAUAGUUUACAGGAAGCAGAUGAGAACACAAGAUCACUGCUGCUGGACACACUCAAACACUACAGAAGCAGAAACCAGAGCCCCCUCACUUCGCCUCCCCCACAGUGGCUCCACUUCGCCCUGCAGUCUUUCCACUCUGUGGUUUUGGAGGAGCCGAUCUAUUGGCUGGUGGCUCUGUCGGCCCGGGCCUGCCUCCGGGACUUCCUGGCUGAGCCCAAGCCUGGUUCCAAGUUGGUGUCUGGGUCUGAGGAUAAGGCCUGCAGCAUCUACCAGCAGUGGAGUGUAGAGAGUCUGAAGGAGGUCACCUGGAUUCUCAGGUACAGAAAGGUGUUAGAGGAAUACCAGGAUCAGAUAGAUGUGUUUAAAGCCAUUAACAUCUUCCACGAGCACAUGAUGAACCAGAAGAAUUUCUACAAGGCUGUAGACUGUGAUAUAGAGGAUGAAAAAUUAUGAAGAGGAGCAGGGUGUGUCCCCUGGUGAAGGAUUUUCCCAGACAAACUAACAGACCUCUUCUCCACCACGAUCAAGGAAGUGACUUCUCUCCUACAAGUGUGUUUGUAACCACAAUACAUUGUGCCAAGAAUGAGUUAUGUUUUUUUAAGUGUUCUACUUCCUGUUGACCUUGUUUGCAAACCUCAAAGAGUUGAGGGACAGCGCAUAUUAAAUCAUAUUACACUUGU